AUGUCCUCGAACAACAAUAUUGCAGCGAACGACUUAUCCGGCAUGGACGCCGGACAUGGCUUCGAUUACGGAAUGGCCAACUUAGAUACCUAUGCAUCAAGCGUAGACGCAGCAAUUGAUUGGGACCCUGCUAUAAUUUCGCGAAUCGAUAAAAAUGUCAAAGAGUUAGCGGAGGCGCUGAAAUUGUCGGACGGUGGGCGGCUGGUGGAACUCGAGAAGGCAGUGAGCGAGAUGAAAUCUGAGUUGGAUAAAUUGUACGCAUGGGCAGACAGUGUCAGGCCAACUAUGGAGCAAACGUACCGGAAGGUGGAACACUUGAUUGCGAAGGACGUGGCAAAUGGAGGCUUUGUGUCAGCCAGCGAGACGCAGGUGAAUUUUAGCUCUGUUGCGCAGUGA